UCCACAGAAGAAGAAGAAGAAUGCACUCACUGACCUUCCUUGUGCUGCCUCGUCCUGUAGCUAGACGAGUACCUUGAGUUUAUUACAUUAGUCUUUCAUUUUGAUUCAUCUGAUAGAAGUCGAACCAUGCCGGGUUCGGUGGAGGUUCCCACUUUGAAUGACUUGAAUGUUGAGGAGAUCAGUGUGUCUUCUGCAGUGCUGAAAGGAGCUGCCCACCACUAUGGCUCACAGUGUGACAAGGCCAACAAGGAGUUCAUGCUCUGUCGCUGGGAGGAGAAGGACCCUAGGAAGUGUCUGAACGAAGGGAGGAAAGUCAACGAGUGUGCACUUAACUUCUUCAGGCAGAUAAAGGGGAGCUGUGCUGAGUCCUUCACAGAGUACUGGACCUGCCUGGACUACUCCAACCUGGCGGAGCUGCGUCACUGCCGCCAACAGCAGCAGGCCUUUGACAGUUGUGUGCAGGACAAGCUGGGCUGGGAGAGACCCAACCUGGGAGAACUGUCCAAGGUGACAAAGGUGGACACCACUCGUCCCCUUCCUGAGAAUGCUUACCACUCGAGGCCCCGGCCAGAGCCCAACCCUGUGAUCGAGGGCCAGCUGCAGCCAGCCAAGCACGGCAGCCGACUCUUCUUCUGGAGCUGGUAAAGGGUCAGCUUCCCUGCCCCAAUCCUAACCUUAACCAUUAGGAGGGGGGAUGCAAAACUAGGGACAACUUCACCCUACACCAGAAUGCAGUCCUCCAGAGCCUAUCCCAUCAUGCCUGCUGUCUUGUCCAGUACAGCACACCCACCGUCAUCAGACCUCGUUGGACAGGAAGGGACGUCUUUGUGCACCAGCCAUCGUACACCUCUGCUGUCCCUAUAUUGUAGAAAUGUUAAUGAAUGAACUAAAAGCUACUUAUGUGUUUUAUUGUUGUGAAAUAAAUACUGAAUAUUGAA